UCUUGGAUUUUUAAAGGUGCAUUUUAAAUCUAAUACAGAUAAUAAAACGUUCUACGUGUGUUGAACUCAGUACGUGUUUGCAUUUUUUCCAAACAGAAAAUGUCAGAUAACUUAAAUUAAAGUCUAAUCAACGCAGAACAUAAAUAUAUCAUGGCGCUUCUUCCUCUCAUUUUUUUUCAAAGACAUUGCAAAUAUUUCCUGCAGCCCAGCUGACGAUUGUUGGAGAGGAGGAGUCGCCUGAAGUCCUCCAGCAUCACUUUGAGAGAAGUUCAAGCAAGACAGCCUCUUGUUCCCAAAGACACUUUCUUCAGUGUCACCUUGCUGGUUACAGCAGUCUGAACUUAUACAUGGAGUUGUGCGGACGGUUUGGAUUUUUUGCCAUAAGAAUAAAAAAAUGUAUAGUAACCGCAAUGUUGUGAUGGAAAUCUGCUUUUUGUGGAUCCCGGUGCUGUAUAAGUCGCAGCCAUAGGACAGAAAAAGAGUUGUGACGAAGGGGCGAACUUUUCAUACGGACGAACUGGUCUGCUGUCGUGCGUAAAUGUAACUGUUCCACAACUAGACGAGGAAUAUAUUUUUUUUUUUGCAGGAACAAUAACACAUUUUAAUUUAACUUUUCUUUAAAAGUUACCUUUGUGAAUUAUUUGAUUUGCACCACAGGAUUUGUUCCAUCCAGCUGUGUGACUGAAACAGCUGAUGCCGAAGAUCCCGCCAAGCCACCUUGAAAACUGAAAAGAGUUCCUUAUCACUUCCACACUGCGUUUUACUUAAACCCAUCAGGACAGCAUAACAACAUCAUCUCCGAACAGAGGCCAGACAUGGAGAUGACCAACAGGUCCCAUCAUAACCCCUCCAUCCUCCAUGUAGAGUUCAGCCCGCUCAGUGACUAUAUGGAGGAGAACGACACCAACUCCACCGCCGGGGAGCGAAACUCGUUCAGCUGCGUGCAGGUCCAGAUCCCUCAGGAACUCUUCCUUGCGCUGGGGCUUAUCAGCCUUGUGGAGAACAUCCUCGUGGUUCUGGCCAUCUUUAAGAACCGGAACCUGCACUCGCCUAUGUACUACUUCAUCUGCUGUCUGGCUGUGUCCGACAUGCUGGUGAGCGUGAGCAACGUGGUGGAAACGAUUUGUAUGCUCCUCAACGAACAUGGCCUGCUGGCCGUGCACCCUGCUAUGCUGCGUCACCUGGACAACAUCAUCGACGUGAUGAUCUGCAGCUCCGUGGUGUCCUCGCUCUCCUUUCUGUGCACCAUAGCCGCGGAUCGAUACAUCACCAUCUUUUACGCGCUGCGCUACCACAGCAUCAUGACCACGCAGCGCGCCGUCACCAUCAUCGUGGUGGUGUGGCUGGCCAGCAUCAUCUCGAGCAUCCUCUUUAUCGUGUACCACACCGACAAUGCCGUCAUCGUGUGCCUCGUGACCUUCUUCUGCCUCACGCUGGUGUUUAACGCCGUGCUCUACCUGCACAUGUUCCUCCUGGCGCACCUGCACUCCCGGCGCAUCGUGGCUUUUAACAAAAGCAGGCGCCAAUCCACGAGCAUGAAAGGCGCGAUCACUCUGACCAUACUGCUCGGAGUCUUCAUUUUGUGCUGGGGCCCCUUCUUCCUCCACCUCAUCCUCAUCCUCACCUGCCCCACCAGCCCCUUCUGCAACUGCUUCUUCAAAAACUUUAACCUCUUCCUCAUUCUCAUCAUCUGUAACUCACUCAUCGAUCCGCUUAUCUACGCGUACCGGAGCCAGGAGCUGCGUAAAACUCUGCAGGAGCUGGUGCUGUGCGCCUGGUGCCUUGGAGUGUGACACUGUCACUUCAGGGGGGGAAGUCAGGUCAUAAACAUUUUGGACUACCUCUACUUCUUCACAUUUUAAAGAGGUCGUCGUACACCCUGACUUGUGCGUGCUUGAGCGGACUAAUAAUGCCCGUUCUUGACACUGUACACAAUCAUUGACUCUUUACUUAGACUUUUUGACAUUACUGUAUAUCGUGGAUCAAACGAUAUUUCAACGCAUAGUUUUUUUCUUUGCGUGUUAUUUCUUGCUUCCAAUGCACGAUGAAAUAAGCUUUUUGGACAUAAUUCUUUGGACUAUUGCCUGAAAGACAUCCCCUCCUUAGAGUUAGUGUUCAGCUGGAGCUGACGAGGGUAUUAUUUUUGUUCAAACUAUACAUUGGCUAUAUUGUCUUCUGCUUGUAAAUCAACUUAAUCAAGUGCCCCUUUUCGUUUGUCGAAAUGUAUAAACUCUACUCUCAAUAACCACUGUUAACAAAAUGGAAAAUAAGUAGGCCAAUUUAGCCCAAACCUAUGGGCCUAUGUGUUUUGUGCCUGCAUAUCGUUAUAUGGACUAUUGCAUGUUCUGUUUCGCCAUCCGUCACAAACCGAUAGUAUCUAUAUUAUAAAAGCCUAUGACGGGUUAUUUAUAGUUGGAAAAUAACACGAACAGGAAGUCCUUACAUUGAAAGUAAUUGGUUAACAGAUUGUGUUUGUAUUAGCCAUACUAUGUAUUUAGAAAAUACAUGGACAAUCGACUGCAGAUACGCGUAAAAAUAUACAGUAUAUCGAGCUAUUAGAAAUACUUGUUGACUUGCCUAAUUAUGAAAUUAGACUAUAGUCAAGUAAUGUGUAAAUAUAUCCCCAUAAAUGUCUGGACCUACGUCUUACGGUCUCGCCUGGUAUCAGGUCUGAUGAUCUGGGCAUCACAGGCUUCAUGAAAGGGGGCAUAUAUUAAGUGAAAUGUGUGGAAGGUUGUUUUGUUGUUUGAAAUGUCCGGACAGGAAGCGAUCUCUGAAAUAUUUGGACCCUGAUUUAAGUUUUAUAGUUCAAGUAAGUGACUGCGUGUUAAAACCCCUGGGGAAUUUUUGUUAAAUAGUCUAUCAUUAAAAAAGAAGUCAGAGUUAUCAUGAUCAGCCUUGUUGUCAAACAAGACAAAUUAAUCAGACAUUGCUGGUGGAUAUGUGCUUGUAAAUGUUGUCAAUAAUGCAUAUAUGCAUUACCAUAUAUGGUACUGAUGUAUACUACUUGAAAAAUGCUUGCCAGAGUAUUUGCUGCUGAGUUUUCAUGUGUUCAGUGUUAUCAGUGAAUUCAAUCCUUGAAGCUUUCCAGUGUCAUUUUCUACAGAUUUUGGAUGAUAAACAUUUUGUCUCUCUUUUUCACAUAACUUAAUGACUUGUUAAUUAAUAACCUAGCUUUAGCUGUAUUUUUUUCUUGUAACCAUGAUAGUUGGUACACAAGGUUGUGAAUGUACAGGAAUGUGAUUGUCUUGUUUCUUGUAAGCUCAGUUAAAGCAGUGAGACUGUGGUACUAUGCUAAGUGAACUGUGAUCAAUUUAAUACAUUCAUGCUGUGGGUAUACUGAUAACUUUAUAACUGCACUGUGCACCCAAUGUUAACUUGAAACUGAGUCAAACAGCACUGUUGUACAAUUAUUUUAUAUAAGUUGCCUGUCAUGCUAGGUAUUAUUAAUAUUCUAGCUGUUGUCUCAAAUAAAGAGGCCAACACAACAAGAGUUUAAGCUAAAGGAAAUCAUUUGACAACCUCUCCUAUAUGUCUCCUCUAUCUUCCCUGUGUUGCAUGCUGUAAGAAUGUUUGGUUUUCAAGUUGUUUUAGGUAGUUCAUGACCAAUAAUUAUAACUCAAGUCAUUUGCCCACAAAUAAAGAGUAUGCAGUGUCUACUUCAAACUGUGAUGUGGCAAGGUGCUAGACAAUAUAUUUAGAUAAACAGAUUAUCAAAAUUUGUGGCUGUUCACCAUUUCACAUGUUUCAAAGUCUCUCCUCAGGAGCCUAAAGCAAAGACUAAAGAGAUCAACUUUGUCCUUGAACUUUAACACAUGAAACAUCAAUUUCUUUUUUGCUCCAUAGAAGAAAAAGUGUGAUACAACAUCUAUCCUCAUCACACAGAGGGGCCAUUGAGAUGAAACACAACAGAGACAUUUUUGAAAUGUUCUGUUUUUGAACUCAUGAUCAAGUUCAGUUGCCAUGCUCCAAAUAACAUCAUUGACAGGGAGGGGAAUUUCCUACUCCAUCCUGUCCUCAAGAAAAAUGACAAAAAAU